AUGAUAGCCCAUACUCCAGCCAAGAUCAAGACUCGGUUCCUAAUAGUCUCAGAUACACACGGACUUGACAGGCCACCAAAACCCGUCUCGAGUCAAUACGCAGAUGUUGCAAUUCACUGUGGAGACCUCACCGAAGAGUCUAAAAUCGAUGAGUACAGGGCCACCAUCCAAUAUCUUCAGGCCCUAAAUGCUCCUCUCAAACUAGUGAUAGCCGGGAACCAUGAUCUUACCUUGGAUACUCCGGCCUUUCACCAAAAGAUAGCGGAAGUACGACCAUCCUUAGAUCCCAAAUUGGUGGAGAAAGUAUACGGUCGCGAUGGUGAUGCGAGAAAAUUGCUUGAUAGUGCCACUGGAAUUAAUUUUCUUGAUGAAGGCAGACAUUCGUUCCGCUUACAGAACGGUGCAUUUCUGAAUAUUUACGCCAGUCCAUACACCCCAUCUUACGGCGACAGGGCUUUCCAAUAUAAGCCAGAUCUUGGCCAUGAAUUUUCCAUUCACAACGUCGACGUCGUAAUGACGCAUGGCCCGCCUAAGGGUAUCAUGGAUUAUACUCAUUCUGGCCAGCGAGCAGGUUGUCCAUAUCUCUUUGAAGCAGUAAGCUUAGCCAGACCCAAGAUGCAUUGCUUUGGUCACAUUCAUGAAGGAUGGGGUGCAAAGCUUGUUACUUGGCGCCCAAAGCCUAGUCAGAAGCCUUCUCACUUGACUGAUAUCGACAACGGAAAGUCUGUGCUUAUCGACAAACUUUCGACGCUGAGAGGCCCUAAAAGCCUCUCUAUGACAAGCCACUGCCAUGGAGACUCAAAUCAGCUCGAGUCUGGGUCUCAAACGCUUUUUGUUAAUGCUUCAAUUGAAGGUGGGGGGCCCUUUACAAUACAACCACCAUGGCUUGUUGAUAUUGAGCUUCCACCUGCGAGUGACUAA